AAAUUGUGGCUUUCAGCAUCGGCAAACAACAACAGACAGGCAGCGAUUGUCAUCGGAACGUUCAAGGGGGGUUUUCAUCUUGGGGAAAAUCAAAUGAAUUUCAAGUAAUUCAACCAAAAAGCAUCGCCAAAUGGGGAAGAGAGGUAUGUCAGCUGACAAAGGCCUUCGGCCAACCUCUCCUGUCCAUGUCCAUGUUGAUGAUGAUGUCCCAGUUCAUGUCCACGUCAAACAAAAGGGAAAGUUAAAAACAAGAAAGGUUCCAUCAGUUGGAGGACCAGUGAGGUCAGCCUUGUCCAAGAAAAGCACUGCCAGAAGUAAAAGUCCUGGGGGAGCAUGGGUUCCCCCUCCUGGAAAGGCCACGAAAGGGUCAAAGGUUACUUGGCAGGGCCCCACUCAUCGCCUAGAGAUCAGUAACCCCCGUGAAAGUCUUCGCAUGAGCGACCUGGACACAGACGAGGAGGAACAGGUCCAUGGACAGAUGAGAAACUAUGAGAAAAAGAUAGAAGGUCUCAUGUCAGAGGUUGGGACACUGAAGAACGAGGCUGAACUUCAGAAAACACUGAAGGAAAUCGUACAUAAGGAUGACCUGCUGGAUGCCUCACGGCACGUGAUGCGGGAACAGGAACGGGAGUUAGACGAUUAUAAAGAUGAGCUGGACAUCACAGCCCACGAGAACCAUAUCCUUCGACGAAGUAUGGAAAAUCUCACCGAUGAAGCUGUAUUUUCAAGACAUGAAGCCGUUAUUGCAUCAGGGGAAAGAGAGAAAUUAAUGAAAAAACUCAUUGAGGUUGAAAUGGAUGGUCAGUCAGCAGUGAAACACGUAGGAGAAUUACGGGAUGUGAUACGGAGGCUCCGAGAGGAAAACAAACUUUCUCAUGGUGAUUCCGUACGAUACGGUAGACAGAAGGACAUACUCUUGGAGAAACUUGCUGAUUUUGAGGCCACAAACCGUACAUUAAGACGUUUACUCAGGGAACAACAUCAUGCAGAGGCUGCAGCUCUAAGAUUGGGAGAACAGAGAGAUGAUUUGGUGAUAAAACUCUCAGACUCAGAGAGACAAAACGAGCGUCUACGGAUAGAACUAAUGGAUCGUGACCGUCUCAUUGGAGAUAUGAGAGCUAAUAUAUCUGCCCAGAAGGAGGAGAAUAUAGCUCUAACUGGACUUCAAUCCACCUUAGAAAGUACGCGAGCACACUUACAAAAACAGCUGAGAACCAAAGAGGCCGACUGCAAUAGAAUGGCAGUGCAAAUCAGGACUAUUGAUGGAUCAAAGGCACAGGACAAGAUAGAGAUUGAGCACCUGACAGAGCUCCUGGCCAACGCCAAGGAAAAGGCAGAAAGGGACAAGGAGGCUCUCAAAAAGGCCACAAGAGUACAGAAGCAGAGAGCACUGAGAAGUGAGGAUGCUCUCGAACAGCUUAAUACUCAGUUGAUGGAGCGAGAGUCGCAGCUCGAGGAUUUGCGAACUCAGCUCGACCAGAUGGGUCCGAGAUACGAUAAACUUUCUAAGGAGAAAUCCCAGAUACUGGCAGAAAAUUCUGCUCUUUCCACGUCUGGGGUUAAACGUGAUGGUACAAAGAGACUGGGUGAGCUGGAGACCCUGAUGGAUCGUGUGGAGAACAACACUAAAAUCCACCAGGAAAACACGACGGCAGAGCUGCAAGACAAACAAGGACAGGUGUCUGUUCUCAAGAUUGAGAAUGAACGCCUUAAGACAUCUAUAACUACAAUAGAGGAAAAGUUCCGUGCUGCCGACGAGGAACUGGUACAAUUACGUGGUAAUCUAAAACAUUAUGAAAACCUAGUGGAGGAGUACAAAAGUCAGAUGAACCGCUGUCGGAUUGAAGCAGAUGACACAAUGGUACGUUUGGAAGAAACUGUAAAAGAAUCGGAGCUUAUCCAGCAAGAUGGAGAAUAUGAAUUAGAAAAGGUGAAAGCGAGGCUACACAACCGCCUACAGGAACUGGAACCGUUACCCGACAUGCUUAAAACUACAGAACUUAAACUCCAUGAUGCAAAUGAACGGAUCAUCAUGUAUGAACGGAAGAACACAGAAAACACCAAACUCAUCACAGAGUUAACUGCCAAGUCUGAGCUUACCACAGACAAGGUCGAGCAUGUAUCGGACACGCUGGAACAGAUGCGAUCCAAAUGUCAUGACAUGCAGGAUGACAAUCGCCUCCUUCAGGGAAAGGUCGAGUCUUUGGAAAGGAAGCUGCAUGAUGCUGAAGACCACUGCCGAGAGAUGAUGACUUCUGUAGCGAAAGCUGAGGAGGCUUCACAUCAACAAAACUUACGUCUGGAAGAGAAGACUCGUGAGAACGCCAGUCUGACACGACAGUUAGAAAAUGCUUUGUCAGAUAUCAGACGUCAGAAUGAUCAGAGUAGAGACAAGGCUUCACAGAAGGAGCGUACCUACCAGACAAGAAUUACAGACCUGGAGUCACAAAUCAGUCAGUGUAGGGCAGAGAUUGCCCGACUUAAACGGGAAAAAGAGGAGAAUGAGAGGAAGUUCAACUCUAGAUUAUAUGAUCUCAAAGAUCGCCUUGAGCAAAGUCACAGUACCAACAGAAGCAUGCAAAACUAUGUUCAGUUUCUGAAAAAUUCCUAUGCCAACGUAUUUGGAGAAAGUUCUAUAUCAUAUCCAUCCACACCUGUUGGCCCUGGAAUUCCUUGAAAUAGACUAUAGCUAGGGAAAACCUGUAUUACUAGUGAGAGGAAGCAUUAUAUAUCAUUACAGUUCAAGUUAAAUUAGACUAGCUGAACAGAGGACAGCUUUGAUAUUGAUGGGGUUAGCAGUAUUUGUAUUGAUGGAAGGUUGCCUGAAUGUGGUUAUGUUUUGGUUCAAGGGAAAAGGUUUAAUGUGUAACGUUUCGGAGUUGUAGUCAGAGUUGUUUCCGCUCUUGUAGACAGUAUACAUUCUAACAAAGAGUCUAUUACUGUACAGGACCCGGACUCCAACAGUGUCGGUCAAAAAUGUCAAAUUGUUAUGGAAUGACCACAAUACCAUCUCUGUUUUAAAAACAAAAUCCUAAUAUUGGCAUGGUUGAUAGUGUAUAGAUUAAGUGCUAGUCUGCAUAGAUCUAAAAUAUAUAAGUUAUUUACACACAUUAUCCGUCCAGUUUUUUAAUUGCCUUAAUUUGGAAUGAUUUUCGUAAAGUUAAGGAAAACUAACGAUUGUUUAGAAUCAUGAUUUAUUUAAUAGAUGGUGAGAGAAUAAAAGUUAAAUGUGAUAGAAUUCAAAGACAACUACAGCACCUUAAUUUAUUAUUCAGUUUUCGCUAUCUAUCAUCAAGAUUAUCAAGUUCAUUACUCCUCUUGCCUAUAAAACACAAAGGAUAUAUUUAAACAAGAUUCUUUAUUUCUACAAGUGGUAUUUCUAAAAUUCCUUUUAACCAUCUAUAGGGAGUUAUAUCAAACUUUUUUAUAUAAUUUUCAAAACAUUUUUUUGUACUCAGGAAAACAAACAAAGUCCUGCAUUGUUUUCUGUAAUUAUGGAAAGAAAUUGGAAAAUUAUUUUCCGAAAAAAAGGAGAGAGAUCUGCAGUGAAAUUGGGGUGUGUGAACUUUAAUCUUACAUUUGGAAUGAAAGAACUUUUUUUAAAUCAUUCCGUUGACUGUGAUAUUUUUUAUACCAUGUCUUGUACAUACAUCACCGUAUAAUUUUAUUAUUUUAUGUAUAUAUGUUACUAUCAUGAAAUUUUAAACUCAAGGAGAAUCACAACAACAGUCCAUGAAACUGGAUACCACAAUAUUGCCAUUUUAUCUGCUGUCAUUGAAAGGUUUCAUUGGACUUCACCUUAUCAAGUAGACGAUGAGCUUAAAAUCUAUUCUGAAGAAAUCAUUCUUAAGGAUAUUAUUAAGCUUAUUGAAAUUGUACAGAAUCUCUCCUUUUGAACAUUUUUUUGAUUUUUUGUUUUAUUUAUUUUUUUAAUAGCCCAGUGUUGUGUCGACAAUUCCCCACAAUGUUUAAGUAGAUAAUUUAUUAUUCUCAGGAGUCCCGAUCAUGUCUGCUUAGUUUAUUUAAAAGUGAUUUGUCCCUAGUUUUAACAGUAUUUGUCAAAUAAUGAGUAUUAGGUAUUAAAUAUGGCAUAUUUUUAGCCCCUGUCAGUCAGAAUGUAAGAAAUUCAUUUUGGAAUCCUUUAGGAUCAGAUAUCUACAGUGAAACUGAAAACGUCUUGCUUGGUAUUCUGAAGUACUUACAUCUGAAGUAAUCUAUUUGUCCAUCUUAAAAAAAUGUUGAGAAGGUGAACAAUGAGUUACAUUGUGUAAUACACUGGGUAUAUCAAUAAGAAGGCCAUUGUAUAAUUAUCUUUGAUCAUGAUAAUCAUCCAGUCGUCACAACACUACCGCUCAAAUCCCCAUGGUGCUUCAGGUUCAAACUGACCUCUAGAUCAAGCAUUCAACUAACCAAGAUUAGGGGUAUUUUAAAACCGAAUGAAGAUACUGGAAUACGAAUUAGGAGGUCAAAGCUCAUUUUCAUUAAAGUUUUAAUGAACUUUUACAUUACAUUGAGCAGCAUUUUUUACCUUUAAUAAAUCAUUAUUGAAGAGCAGAAAACAUUUUAAUUUUGAAACAGAUUUUUAUUAGAAAUUGUAUAUCUACAAAUUUGUGUACCAUAUUGUAAUGUACAGCAAUAAAACUAAAAAUAAUA